CGGAGAAGGGUUGCUCGACGUGAUUCUAGGGUCGCCACUCCUCAGGCAGCUCCUUCAUUUCGGUUUGCUGCUGGCACCUGACGAAGCGCUGCGUCGUGCCAUCGCCCGGGGGGUGCACCGCUUGUGUGUGGAGGGACGUCGGCGAAGGGAAAGAAAAGAGGCGCAGGCGGAGGAGGAGGAAGGGCGGAAAAAGAGGAACAUCGAGACUUCUGCGGAGGACAAUAAAAUUUCGAAGGAAACGAGAUCAUUAUCACACCGCGCUGUAUUAGACCCAGUACGGGGCUUCUUGCACCCCUUGAUCGACUUGGUCGAGAACGUUGGCGAAGAGGGAGGCGGGUGUGUGGAAUACUUCAAGCUGCUCACUCGCUUGCUCAAGGCUCCUGACGCUCUUCUUGAGGUGGACCCGGAAGGCAUGGCCUGCAAGCUAGCGGGACAAAUCAGGCGGCGUCGCGUCGUGGAGGCAUCGGAGACGGACGAGGACCAAGUUCUGCAGGGACUCUUGACGUCCUUGCGGGCGCUCCUCGCCUUCUUGCCGCAUCGAGGCGACGGGACGCGGUCGGUCAAAGUGAUGCUUGGCCAAGGAGGCCUACUUCAGGAAUUAUUCGACCGUUGCCUCUUUGCGAUGCCAUCUACUGACCCAAAUACCGCGCGGUACAUCGAAACGCCCCCUCCUCCAAAGUGCAAACAUCCGGUGAGUCGGAAUCUGGCCUUGGGGCUCGUCCUUGAGCUCAGCGCGGAGUGUCCUGAUAACCUGAGGAAGGUAGUGGCUGUCUUAGAAAGGCACAAUCCGUUGGGCUUGUCGGCCGACGAGAAAGAGAGGCGACGGCUUAAGGCAGCGCGGAGGCGCCAGAAGUCUAAUCAGCACGGGGGCGGGGGAGGCGGGCAGAUAUGGGGCAGGCAGCGAAGCGGGAGCCUUGGUGCGUCCGGUCAGCUUGCUUUGAACGCAGCAUCGUCUUCAGCUGCGGCAUCGUCCUUGCAAUGCGGACUGAGCAAGAACCGGACAGGAUAUGUCGGCCUUAAGAACCUUGGAUGCAUCUGCUACAUGAACAGCACUCUGCAACAGCUCUUUCACGUUAAAGGUUUUCGAGAGGGGAUCUUGGCAUUUGAAGAUGCGGAGGAAGAUAAGGAGGAGAGUUUGAUGUAUCAGCUGCAGCGCGUGUUCGCCCAUUUGCAGGAAAGCGAUAAAGCGUACUACAACCCGCAAGGCUUCUGCCACGCCUUGAAGGAUUGGGACGGGGAGCCUACAGAUGUAUUCGUCCAGCAGGACGUCUCCGACUUCCUGCUCAUGUUCUUCCAGCAAGUGGAGGGUAUGACACAGGGUACAAAGUGUGAAGAGGUUCUACGCCACGCCUUCGGGGGAACGCUAGUUCAUGAGCUUAUUGCUGAGGGAGGGCGCUACAGCUCGCGGCUUGAGCCUUGUUAUUUUCUGUCAGUGAUGGUGCAGAACAUCCAAACCCUCGACCAGGCUCUAGAGGCUUACAUCUCGGAAGAGAUCUUAAGCGACUACACCUGGGAAACGAAAGAUCCUCUCACCGGCAAAGCUGUGAAAGAGGCUACACCGACAGUAAAGCGGGCAAGCUUGGCGGCACUGCCACGGCAUUUGAUUCUCCAUCUGAAGCGUUUUGAAUUUGAUUAUGAAACCAUGCAACAAAUAAAAAUCAAUGAUCGGUUAGAAUUUCCUGUGGAUCUAGACAUGUAUCCUUACACCCUGGAGGGGAGGACGGCAGUGAGGAAAGGCGGAACAGGUAUCGCAGCAGCUGGGAAUGCAGAAGACUCUGCGGAAUUGAGAGAGAGGACCCAAAGUGCGGCUGGGCAUCCGCCAGAAUAUUACCUGUAUCGAUUGGCAGGAGUGGUCAUCCACAUGGGAACUGCGAACAGCGGGCACUACUAUUCAUACAUUCGUGAGAGAGGCGGUGAAAGGAGCGGCUGGUUUGAGUUUAAUGACACCGUGGUGACAGAUUUCAACCCAGCCGAUUUGGAGGUGGAGUGCUUCGGAGGCCAGGAAACGAGGGGAGGAACCGGUGGUGGGGGGUACCAUGGUGGGCGGAACUGGGCCAGAGAGCGGAUCCGCAACGCCUUCUUGCUAGUCUACGAUCGAUGCGAUAUUAGACCAGAAGACGACGCCCGUAACACAGUGGCACACCGCCCACAAGUUCCGACCCCGAUUUUGGAGGAAAUUUUGCGGGAAAACCUCGACUUCUGGCGCAAGACAAACAUCCUAACGCGGCCUUACUUCGAAUUUAUGGAGCAAUUGCUGGAGCCCGUCUACCGUCCUACGGCGGUGGAGCGGGAAGAGCAAGCCGAAGAUCCUGGACAGGCCGCGCUCUUGGAGAGUGGUUUACGGCUGGCUACGAAGUUCAUGCUGGGAACCCUGACGGAGGCGCGGGACUGGGAGGGCGUGCGAACCUGGGUCCCUCGAUUGCUAAAGGCGUACGCGCGCUGCUUGCCGGCUUGCAUGUGGGUUGUUGGAAUGCUAAGCUGCGACGAGCAGCCCGCGGACGAGGGUGGAGGGCUGUUGUGGGAUCUGCUCUUGGAUACGGAGGAGAAGGAGGGGCGGGUUGCGGUGGUCCAGCUCCUUGACCACGUUGUAACGAUCAUGCUAGAGGGUAGCUCCACGGACAGCGACGAAGACACAAAGCACGAGGGUGUGGAGAGGAGAGGUCCAGCCGAGGCGCAUGUCACGGCGUGCUUGAGUCUGUUUGGAGCCCUGCUCCGGAUGCGACAUCGCGUCGCAGAGCUUGUGAGACCUACGGGAGGGAUCGGAAAAGUCGACUCGUACAUCUACCUGCUGGGGCUGCUGGCGAGUAAAAUGGAAGGGGCGCGUCGAAUGGUCCUCGAGGAUGCAGCAGGCACGUGCUUGCUGGAUCUUCUGCAAAUUGCGAAGAAGAAAUUAGAGGUCUGGGCGGUCGGGAAGAUCUUUGGCAGCAGGCGGGAGGCCGAGCUCCUUCUGGGAAGUGCAGAGCAGGCGGCUGCUGAUAUUGGGCCAUGUCGAGACACGUUUGCCAGCGCCGAGAGGGAGGACGACGACCUGGACGUGCCUGCGGCCGUCCAGCCCUUGCUUGGGACCCUGUUACGAGCUUGCGUGAUCCCAACACCGGGCGGGGCCACGCCUCCCAUGACCCAGUGGUCUGCGCAGGCCCUGGAGCCGCAUCACGUGAUGAGCCUGGCAGAGCGAAAAAUGGUCUGCUCGAUCGAUUUUUGUUCUUGCCUUAUCCUCUCGGUGGAUAGUCCCGAGGCAAAAGCGAGGAUGCGCCCGUUCUUUCAGCACUUCUUGUGGGAAAACUCGGCACGGACUCAGGAGAUCCAGGAGGCAAUGGUCCGGCUGUUAGAGCAAGGGGGCACUGGAGGUAACGGCCAACGGAAGGAGGAGAGCCCCUCGAGAAGGAGCGACGAAGGGAUAGGGGUGAUCAAGCCAGUCUUCCGCAGCUUGAUGCUUGUCUUGGGGGUGAAGGAUUCCUUGCGCGAAGAGCGAGUGUCCCUGUCGCUCCCGCGGAUCCUGGCCGCUUUGAAGACUCAGAAGUCUCGCCAGCGGGCGACGGAACUCGGGCUUUGGAUGCUCAUGCGCCUGGCCAGAGAGAACAUGUUGGUCCGCCAGUGGUUCCACGACGGGGCGGUUGUCUUGGCCUCCACACCCGUGGCCUCGCCUGAGCGUCGGGAGAAGGCGCCGAAGCGGACAUCCAGUUUCACGUCUCUCCUGACAUUCGGUGGUGGGGCUGUUAUGGGGGGAAGCGGAGGGGCAUCGGCGGAGGAGGAGAAAAAGGGAAAGAUCGUGUGUCGAGAGGAGGCCCAGUGGGCAGAGAAGUGGCUCGUGGACCAGCAGGGUCGGAGCUCGGGCGGGAGCGGAAAGGGGGACUUCUUCAACGCCACCACGUCCGGAUGGAUGGGGGGGGGCUCGUCGAAGACCCAGUACCAUGGGGACGCAGGCUCGACGGCAGGCGCGCGAAGCGGGGUGAGGUCGGGCGCGGCCGUGCAACAGCGUGUUCUGACAGGUAUUCGCAACCUGUCACGGGGCCAAAAUUUGCCUUUGGACUACGACAGCGACAUGGACCCGCAGGAAAUAGUCGGGCGGCAUAUUGAUAUCCAGUGGAGUGGGGACGAGCACUAUAGGGGGGUGGUAACCCACUUCUCGCCUCGCUCUGGCAAGCACCACGUCCGAUACGAGGACGGCGACGAGCGGGAUUAUCGGCUGCAGGAGCGGCAGCACAUCUUUAUCGACCCUUCACAGCCUCCAUUUACUGACACCUCUGGCUGAGUAACGAGCAUCCCUCGAGUCUCAUUGGGCAGCGGUGGCCAUUGCACAAUUUUCAGGAAAAGGAGACAAAGGUGUACGAAGUGGAUGAUAAUUGAUAACUGCACGAGCGAGUGAACGAUAGGAUCAGCAAGAAAUUUAAGCCUAUUUGCGCUGGAUGAGGCUUCUCGUUGGACGUUAAAGGGUUGUAGAUAGAACAAGCGAGGGCUCAACAAGGAAAGGGCAAUGUCUUUGCAGGACAGGACUGAGUACGGGCAACAACUAAAAGGCAGUCAGACUGGCCUUCACAUGACAAGAUUGUAGGACGUGCCAUCGGCCAUGUUGCCGUAGUGACACAGAUAAGAACUGGUAGCGUGAGGAAGUAAAUCGUCAAGCAGGGGCACGAUGUUUGAGAUGGUCUGCCUCGAGAUCUUCAUAGAGUCAUGUGCAAGUUGUUAACGGCACUGAAAAGUAUAAAAAAGAAAAGAAAGUAUGAACUCGCAG